AUGCCAGUUCCAUUUGAGGCCUUCAUUCCUCUUGGUUUGAUUACCGGAUUUUUUGGAGCUUCGGGAAUUCUCUUCCACAAGCUCAAGACCAGUGUCAACGAGGGACAGCCUACAAGAUACGGCCUUGACCGCUGGGACAGAAUCAUGAUGGAGCGCGACUACCGCCUCACGGGCACGAAACGCGGACAGACCCAUCAAACAACUGCACCUUCUGGAUUUUCGACUAAUAGCGCGUGGGCGAUAGAA